AUGGUCGUCGAGUUAGCCACCAUACCAGAGUUUGACUUACCUGUCUCCACCUGUCUGGUGAUAAUGCUCUUUGAGGCUCUCUUCCUUCUACUAUUACAGUUUGACGAAAAACACAUCUCGUUGUUCGCGGCUAGGAAGUUAUGUCACGCCGGCAGUGGCUUCGCCAUGCUUUUCCUCACUCCUCGUCUAUUGGUGAACCGCUUAUACAUAUAUGGAGUAGUGGCUAUGAGCCUCAUCAUGACUUGGUCAUUGGUUCCCGGCAUACCAAACUGGCGCUUCGGAGCUCUGGAGGAUCCUGGUAUCACCAUCUACCUUCUCGUUGUUGGGUAUUGGUAUUUCAUGGAGUUUCCUAUUGCGGUCCUAGCUCCCAUAUUCUUCGCAGAUCCGGCAGGGGCUAUCGUUGGCAAAUGGGCGUCAUCACAGAUCCCGAAUCUGAACCCGAGAUGGAUCGGCACUAAGACAGUCCUAGGCUCAGCGGCUGUUCUGGUGGUAGCCUUCAUCACUCUGCACUCCCCGACAUCCUUCCUACCUAGACUCCUGUUUGACAAGCAACACUUCUCGAAAUUCGCCGCGAGGAAGUUGUGCCAUGCCGGUACAGGUCUGCUCAUGCUGUGUCUGAACUCCAAGUAUUUCAUUAAUCGUCUCUUUAUUUACGGGCUGAUGGUCUCGAGUCUGAUCAUGACGUGGGAAGUCAUCCCAGGAUUGCCCAACUGGCGUUUUGGCACCUAUGGCGAUGUUGGGAUUACUGUCUACCUAGUCGUUCUGGGGAACGGUAAACCUGGUUGGGGCGCCUAUGCCAUCGCCGGCUAA